CAAACUGCACUGGUUAUUUAUGGAGAACCUCCUCGCUUUGUCGAGCGCUGGAGUUCAUAUGCAAGUUUUGGUCCCCUGUGUGCAGGUGCAAGGGUCUGCAUAGACUAGAGUGAGAGCAGCGUGCCGGUAUAGCAUACCUAGCUAGCUCUGAAGAGUGAAGAAGCCCGACUUGUUUCCAAGGUGAUCUUGGGACAUGACAAUGGCGGCCGGAAGGGAUCAGAGGGUCGAAGGGGUGAGGCAGUACAACAGGUCCAAGGUGCCCCGCCUGAGAUGGACGCCCGAUCUCCACCGCUGCUUCGUCCACGCCAUACACACUCUUGGAGGCCAGUACAGGGCUACACCUAAGAGGGUUUUGCAGCUGAUGGGGGUGGCAGGGCUCACCAUAUCUCAUGUCAAGAGCCAUCUACAGAUGUACAGGAACAUGAGGGGUAAUGAUCUUGACAUGAUGCAAGGCAUUCAGCAAAUGGAUCAGGAGCACACAUUCGCAGGAGGAGGCAUGGAAGUUUGGACAGAUAUGCAGCAGGUUCAUCAUCAUAGUGAGUACUGCGACGGACCCUGUUGCCGGUGCCACUCUCCAAAGCAUACAAAGGGGUCACUGCUCCACCACCCCCAACUGAAAAGGCCAUCCGAGAUGGAGACCGCACACGAGGCCGGAGCAAGCCCCCAGGAAAACUUGGUCAGGGGCCAAGGAAUAUGCGAGAGGGACGUGACCUCGGGCACGUACGGCCUCGCCGCUGCAGGCCAAGCAUACUACUACCACUCCCACUGCAUGCAGACGACGACGACGACGCACGAGCAGGGCCACCACCUGCCGCCGCGCUCCCGGACAUGGCAGCGCACACCUGCAGCAGGCGGUGGUGGCGAACAAUCCGCUCGCCCCGGCUGCACGCCCGCGCCGCGGGAGCGGGAGCGGGACCUCGCCGCGCCAAGGCGUGGUCGUGGUGGUGACCUCGCACCCUACUGCGAGGAGCGGAGCGGCGAGCUAGUCCACGGCCACCACGGUGUCGCGCCGGCGAGCCACGGGAGGCCGAGGGGGGCGGCGGCGGAGCGGGCCGACGGCGAGCCGUCUCUGUCGUUGACGCUGGAGCUGGACUCCGGGCGCCUCGGCGGGAGCGGCGUGGGGCAGUGCCGCACCGACGUCAGCGAGCAGGGCAGCUUCCUGACGUCGUCGUCGGCGAGUCUUGGCGGCUCCUGCUCGGGGCGGCGCCGCGGCGGAGUUAGCCUGGACCUAUCCCUUUCGCUGUACAACUGACUCCGGCUUUUUUUUCAUGGUAAUACGUGUCUCAUUCAUAUCAUAAGCGAGGGAUCGAAAGUACGGAUGCGGGUUUCGAAGAGAUGGCGUACGUAUUGGUGUACCGAUCCUCCUGUGUAUGUGUACAUUUGAACGUUUGGAGCUUCACUCCGAUGCAAAUUUCCUCACGGGCGGGCCGCGGUCACCGCACGCGUGCACGUCGCGCACCGGCACGGGUGGCGCGUGCUCUGCUCCCUGGGCUGGGGCUCCCCGCUCCCGCCCGGCGCUGUGGGCACGCUACAGGUGGAGCGCGAGUUCCACCAGCAUAGGGAUAGCAAUGGAAGAGGGGAGUAAAAAAAAAACCUUCGGGCAAAGUGGAUAUUUAUUCCUCUGAAAUAGUGUUACAGUCAGCUAAUACAAAC